AUGCACCCGAUUCUUUGCCUUGUUGCUGCCGCUGCUGGCCCUGUGUUUGCCUUGACCAUACAAAGUGCCGGCUCCAAUGCUUGUCUAAAUCUCACAUCCUCGUUAGGGUUCAGCAAGGUCGCCACGAGCCAGCUGGACCCCGAAUACAUAUCCAGCAGAGGGGAUUACUGGAAUGUACGCCAGAGUGUCUAUGCACCGUCCUGCGUCGUGCAUCCGGAGUCAGCACAGGAUGUGUCCGUUGCGAUACAGGCAAUCAGAGCAGCUGACAGCCGUUUCGCCGUCAAGGCUGCCGGGCACAACACCAACAACUUUUUCUCAUCUGUUGAUGGCGGUGUCUUGAUCGACCUGAGUUCGAUGACAGCCAAGUCAUACGACAGUGCAACGACCCUGGCAACGUACGAGCCGGGCAGCAAUUGGGGACAGCUGUAUGAGUAUUAUCAGCAGUAUGGCAGGACGGUGAUGGGCGGGAGGCUAAGUGGCGUCGGGACUGGGCUGGCUCUGGGCGGAGGUCUUAGCUAUCUGUCGCCACAAUACGGGAUCGCUUGUGAUUCGUUUCGAGAGCUUGAGGUUGUACUUCCGAAUGGAAGCAUCGUGACGGCAUCAUCUACUUCGAACCCGGACCUCUUCUUUGCCAUGCGCGGUGGGGGCGGGAACGCGUACGGAGUCGUCACCAAGUAUACUGUCCAAAGCCGGGCAAUCGGGAACUUCUACGCUGGAAACAUCGUCUGGCUCUUCCAGCAGAAGGACACGGUCCUCGAAGCCAUCCGUGAUUUCAUUGCGUACAACACGGACCCGAAGGCAAGCAUCUUGCCGACGUACGAAAAGUUGACAACUCCCGACUUGAACUUGAAUCUGGACGAGCUAAUCACCAUGUUCCUGGUCUACGACGGUGAGGAUCCAGGCACGGCUUUCGACAACUUCACCAGGAUUCCGCACAUCAUAGACACACGUUCCAUCAAGACCUACAAGGAAGUCGCUGACAUGCCGGUCCCGUUCACCGCCGAACUCACGCGCGCCGAUAAUGUCUUCCGCUCUGGUGUGCACCGUAUCGAAGACGACAGCUACAAUGUUUUGCUUGAGACCUGGAGAGAAUGGGCCGAGACUCACAAGGCUAGCUAUAUCCAUACGGGCUUCUACAUGUACCCUGUCCCCCGCAGUCUCACGGACGGGAGCCAUGCACAGGGCGGCGAUGCCAUGCAACUACCUGAUGGUCCUUGGUACUGGACGGCCUACGACCUUGCGACGCCGCCGGGACUGCCGAAUGCGGCGUACAACGCGAUUCAGGAGAGCUUCCGUGAGAUGGUCGAGUCGACGCCCAAUGCUCCGGGUCUGCCCCUUUUCCUGAACGAGGCAGCGUGGGACCAGGAUCCGUUGGCGACAUUUUCUUCUUUUGAGACACUGAAGCAGAUCAAGAAUAAGUAUGACCCUGAUGGGUUCUUUGCGACGAGGACUGGAGGUUGGUCCUUUGAUUGA